AUGACGAAAGCGGGAGAUUGCUUCGUGUAUUUCUGCUCCAAACUCCACAACACCCCAGCGGCCGCCAUGUGUGUGGUGGUGUUCCUAGCUCAAACUGCCGCCAUGGAUUACUAUUUGGUGCUUUACCUGUCCUACGAUCAUCUGUACUGGGUGGCCUCAGAUAUGCUUAACCUGGCUCUUCUUGUCAGUUGCAUUUAUCAGUCCUAUUCUGGCAGAUCCAAAAAGAACGCUAACAAGAAAACUGCUCACAGCUUUGCCUGGUUGUCGUGGCUUGUUAUGAACAUUGUCCUGUCUGCUAAGACAAUAGUUGUCUUCCUUAAUGUCGCACACACGUUAGAAGAAAAACACCCUUCGUUUUUUGGCCCAAACACUUUAAAAACUACUAUUGCAUUGGGCAGCUGUGUAUUUCUGCUACUGUUGACAACGCAACACGAUGCACCAUUAGGCAGUGAACGAAGGCAGUUCAUCAACGAACUGACUGGGACAGUUGUCUUUGACCUCCUGGACACAGCAGAUAUUCUGGAAAUUUUAUUCGAGGAAAAUGAAACUGAAUCAUUUUGGACAGGACUUAAAGAAUUCAUCUUGGCCGUAGGUGUCUUGAAUCUAGUAAUACCGACAGUACCGUUGCUGACACUAAGUAUAACAAACUUUGGGCGGGACAAGCUUCAGCGCCGGCUUAUGUACCUCCAUCGGAUGUUGGUGGUCUUAGCCGUCAACGUUCCGAACCUCUUGGUCAGGCUAAAUCUAUGGCAUGGACACAGUGUGGCUAUUUCUCCGUUUACUCUGAAAAACAUUAUCCUGAUUUGUAUCACCGUCUACGAAUUUUAUCUUCACAAAAGAGGAAAGUACGAAGGACACAAACGAGAACGAAAACGGCAGAAGAACAUUAGAGAUAAUGGAAUUAAUCCGACUGAUAUCUUUACUGUGAACAUCCCUGAUGCUAACAGCAAUCACAAAAGUAUUGAUGACAACUUUGAUAUGGAACAGAGAGUAGUCACUUCUGAAUAA